AUGUUGAUGACACGUGAGCGAAAUAAUCCAUUAUUCAGAUUUUUGUUCGAACUGAAUCAUCCUACGCAUGUGUUCUACCGCUGGAGACUGUACUCGAUCUCCCAAGGCGACACGUUUCUGCAGUGGCGUCGGGAAAAAUUCAGAAUGUUCGAAGGCGGAUCCUGGUGGCAGCCGCCCAUUCCUCAGCAGGAGUUGUUCAGCUGCAUGCCUCGCUCUCUCUACAGCUUCGCAUGCACAAUCACUGAUCCGAAUCGCUGGCUUCCCAAAUUGGAUGCUCCUAUUCCUGUUAGUUCCCCAUCUCUGCUUUAUUUAUUUGCUGUUUUCUUUCCACGAGUUCAGUGCACGAUUACACCAACAGCUUUCAUAGAAGAAAAUCUAAUUAAAUAUAGUAGAACUGAGGACUUGGGUAGCGGCGCCACAAGGAAAAGUGUGAAAAACACUGUAAGGACAUAA